GAGGGCCCGACUUGCGGGACCCCGGUGGGAGCCGGCCCGGCGCGCGGCCACCAUGUCGGCGCCGUCGGAGGAGGAGGAGUAUGCGCGGUUGGUGAUGGAGGCGCAGCCCGAGUGGCUGCGCGCCGAGGUGAAGCGGCUGUCUCACGAGCUGGCCGAGACCACGCGCGAGAAGAUCCAGGCGGCCGAGUACGGGCUGGCGGUGCUCGAGGAAAAGCACCAGCUCAAGCUGCAGUUCGAGGAGCUCGAGGUGGACUAUGAGGCCAUCCGCAGCGAGAUGGAGCAGCUGAAGGAGGCCUUCGGACAGGCACACACGAACCACAAGAAGGUGGCCGCAGAUGGUGAGAGCCGGGAAGAGAGUCUGAUCCAGGAGUCAGCCUCCAAGGAGCAGUACUAUGUGCGGAAGGUGCUGGAGCUGCAGACGGAGCUGAAGCAGCUGCGCAACGUCCUCACCAACACACAGUCAGAGAAUGAGCGCCUCACCUCGGUGGCCCAAGAGCUGAAGGAGAUCAACCAGAAUGUGGAGAUCCAGCGUGGCCGCCUGCGGGAUGACAUCAAGGAGUACAAAUUCCGGGAGGCCCGCCUACUGCAGGACUACUCGGAGCUCGAGGAGGAGAACAUCAGCCUGCAGAAGCAAGUGUCUGUGCUCAGGCAGAACCAGGUGGAAUUUGAGGGUCUCAAGCAUGAGAUCAAGCGUCUGGAGGAGGAGACUGAGUACCUCAACAGCCAGCUGGAGGAUGCCAUACGGCUCAAGGAGAUCUCGGAGCGGCAGCUGGAAGAGGCACUGGAGACGCUGAAGACGGAGAGGGAGCAGAAGAACAGCCUGCGCAAGGAGCUGUCGCAAUACAUGAGCAUCAACGACUCCUUCUACACCAGCCACCUGCACGUCUCCCUGGAUGGCCUCAAGUUUAGCGAUGAUGCCGCCGAGCCCAACAAUGACACCGAGGCCCUGGUCAACGGCUUUGAGCACGGCAGCCUCGCCAAGCUGCCGCUGGACAACAAGACCUCCACACCCCAGAAGGACGGCCUCACACCACCCUCCCCCAGCCUCGUCUCUGACCUGCUCAGCGAGCUCAACAUCUCCGAGAUCCAGAAGCUGAAGCAGCAGCUGAUGCAGAUGGAGCGGGAGAAGGUGGGCCUGUUAGCAACACUGCAGGACACACAGAAGCAGCUGGAGCACGCGAAAGGGACCCUGUCAGAGCAGCACGAGAAGGUGAGCCGCCUCACGGAGAACCUGAGUGCCCUGCGGCGCCUGCAGGCCGGCAAGGAGCGGCAGACAGCCCUGGACAACGAGAAGGACCGUGACAGCCAUGAAGAUGGUGACUACUAUGAGGUGGACAUCAAUGGGCCCGAGAUCUUGGCCUGCAAGUACCAUGUGGCUGUGGCCGAGGCUGGUGAGCUCCGGGAGCAGCUCAAGGCACUGCGCAGCACGCACGAGGCCCGUGAAGCUCAGCACGCCGAGGAGAAGGGCCGCUACGAGGCCGAGGGCCAGGUGCUCACCGAGAAGGUCUCCCUGCUAGAGAAUGCCAGCCGCCAAGACCGUGAGCUGCUGGCCCGGCUGGAGAAGGAGCUGAAGAAGGUGAGCGACGUUGCUGGUGAGACACAAGGCAGCCUGAGUGUGGCCCAGGAUGAGCUGGUGACCUUCAGCGAGGAGCUGGCCAACCUUUACCACCACGUGUGCAUGUGCAACAAUGAGACGCCCAACCGUGUCAUGCUGGACUACUACCGUGAGGGCCAGGGCAGAGCCGGCCGCACCAGCCCAGGGGGCCGCACCAGCCCUGAGAGCCGGGGGCGCCGCUCGCCCGUCCUCCUGCCCAAGGGGCUGUUGUCCACAGAGGCAGGCCGAGCAGACGGUGGUGCUGGGGACAGUAGCCCCUCGCCUAGCUCCUCACUGCCAUCGCCCCUGAGUGACCCGCGUCGGGAGCCCAUGAAUAUCUACAACCUGAUCGCCAUCAUCCGCGACCAGAUCAAGCACCUGCAGGUGGCUGUGGACCGCACCACAGAGCUGUCGCGGCAGCGCAUUGCCUCGCAGGAGCUGGGCCCUGCUGUGGACAAGGACAAGGAGGCGCUCAUGGAGGAGAUCCUUAAGCUAAAGUCGCUGCUCAGCACCAAGCGGGAACAGAUCACCACGCUGCGCACUGUACUCAAGGCCAACAAGCAGACAGCCGAGGUGGCCCUCGCCAACCUGAAGAGCAAGUAUGAGAACGAGAAGGCCAUGGUGACCGAGACGAUGAUGAAGCUGCGCAACGAGCUCAAGGCGCUCAAGGAGGACGCAGCCACUUUCUCCUCGCUGCGUGCCAUGUUCGCCACGAGGUGUGACGAGUACAUCACGCAGCUGGACGAGAUGCAGCGGCAGCUGGCAGCCGCUGAGGAUGAGAAGAAGACACUGAACUCACUGCUGCGCAUGGCCAUCCAGCAGAAGCUGGCACUGACCCAGCGGCUGGAGCUGCUCGAGCUGGACCAUGAGCAGACCCGGCGGGGCCGCGCCAAGGCUACUGCCAAGGCCAAGCCGGCCACCCCGACUGUAAGUCACACGUGCGCCUGUGCCAGCGACAGGGCCGAGGGCACCGGGCUCACCAACCAGGUGUUCUGCAGUGAGAAGCACAGCAUUUACUGCGAUUAGGGCUGCGGGGUGCUGCACGCUGCACUAACAUCUGCUUCACCUCAACUAACACAGAGGCAGCAGUGGGAUUGCGGUGCUAGGUCAGUCUUAACGUGACUAACGCACAAAGGGCAGGAUUUGGGCCAAGGUAGUGUGGGGCGCGUGCGGUCACCUGGACACUCCUGAGCUUUGUGUUGCUUCUCACUUUUUGCAGCUCCCCUUGGGAGCACCCUGUCCUCAGCUGCUCUCUUGGCGGAGGUCAGCAGGAGGAAUGGGGCCGCACCCUUAUGGAAGACAGAUGUGGUAAAGUGUCUUCCAGGGGCCCCGGGCGCCAUUGGGAAAACCCCAGGGAAGGAGUCCUGGUCCUGAUCCCUCGGCACUGCAAGGGCAGAACUGGGUUGAAACUUGCAUGUUCCUCGCAUGUAUCUAAUGUCAGUACCAGAAAGCAGUUUUAGGAGGUUAGAGGAUGGCUCUGCACUUGGCAUAGUUUUAUGGAAAAAAUUACAUUGUAGCUUGUGCAGCGUCUCACUGCAAGUCACAUUCGGGACAAAAGUGCAGAAUUUCUUCCCCCAAACCCAGAGAAGAGCAGCCCUGAGCUCCUGCGUUCUGCCAGCUAGACAUGCACGGCGCAGCUGUAGCUGACCAAAACCCAGGAGAUCAGCGUGUGGCAGCCUCAGUUUCUUAUUUCCGAGAUCUCCAUGAUUGUCUUGUGGCCUGUGAGGUGACAAAUUGACAGGGCCUGAGCCCGGGUUUUGUUUUUUAAGUAAGAAAAGCUUUCCAAGUGCCUGGCCGGACUGCGAAGCCUGUCCUUUUUUUGUAUUUGGGUAAUCCUGGCUGCCCAUUAUCAAGCCUUCAUCUCGGGGGCUUGAGACCUGAAGAAGCAGGGCUUUGAGAACACCAACCUGAAAUCCGAGCCACCAGCAGGCUUGGCUGACUUGAAGGACAGCCACAGUGAUAGCCAGGGCCCGUCCUGGUGCUGGGAAAGCUUUCACAUGGGCCAGGACCAGUCCCAGGAUUCACAGGCAGGAGGUGUGGAGUUCUCUCUAUUUAGUGCAAUUUGUGGGGUCAUGACAGGAAGAGGAAAGAUAGCUGUUGGGCCCUCCUGUUUCCAGAGGCUCCAUCCAUGCCAGAGUUGUGGCAUCAGGCCAUCCAACUUCACAGGUUCUGAAGCAGAACGUUUCUCAGUAUUUUACCUCCAUCACUGUGGGCUGGCUAGCCCGGAGGUUGCAGUGUUCUCCCCUGUAGGCUGCUUGCCGGGUCUGUAUAUGAAGAAAGGGAUUAGUGUAACUGACGGGAGACCCUGUUGCCCGUCACACAGCUGUCUGUCCCCACCCGCUCUUCCCUUUGGUGCAUAAUGUGUCUUGGUCUCUUCCAUGCUCCAGGACAGGCCCACCUGUGACCCCUGGGCUCAGAUCUAUGUCCCUCACCCCCAACCCCCCAGCAAGACUUGGUGGGAUGGCUGCUGUGUGCCAGCCCCACACCCGCUUUGCCCUCUCCUCACCAAGCCUGGCAUGCAGCUUCUCUCUGAACUCAUAAGGGGCUUUGCAGAUUCAGAGCCAUCAGCCCCCUAACACACAGGUCUCCUCUUCUGCAACUAACGUGCUCGCGCCCUCCUGGCACAUGGGGAGCUUUAGUUGUCAGAUGAACAGGAAGCAACAGGUGACCAGUUUCUAAUGCUGUCUUGUUUUCUCCUGUUUUCAGCUGUAGAGUAGCUGCAGGGAGGACUCGACCCCCCAGCACUGUCACACUGCAGCCCCUCCCUUCCCCUUCCCUGCCCACACGGAGGAAGGAAGGGCAACCUAAAAUUCCACUUAGAAACAUUUUUGGAUAUGCCACUGCAAUUCUUUGCAAAAUAGCAUUCCCCAAGUUUUCAAUGGGAGAGAAAAGCUUUAAUGUUGAGAAUGCUGCGAGCUGCUGCUUGGAAAGGCCUCUGUAUGGGCUGAAGAACCUGCUUCCACAGCCACCACCAGGCUCGCUAGGAGCCUGCUGGAGAUGCCUACCACAGGGGUCUCCUUGUUCCUUUUUUAUCCGAUCAACCUGUGCACUUUUGAUACUUUGAUAUUAUAUUUGCUUCCCUAAUUCCGACAUAGAGAGACGGUCUCAGAUGCCGUGGUUUGUGCUCGUGGUCCUGUAGCUCUCUGUCUUAGCUCCCACCUUGUUGACCUGGCGUCAGCAUGAGGCAGAGCCGUGUACUCCCAGUGUGUAGCUCUAGACGGUGGGGAGGAGGGCUUUCCCAACAAGGAGCUGGCUAGAGGUAGCCACGCUGUGGUUCAGCAGCCUUUUAGAUUAUACAGCAUUAUGGUUCAUGUUUGAAAUUACAGAUUUUAAAUGCCAUGUUCAUUAAGAAAUCCAGGGUAUUCCAAUUCUGGGGUUUUUCAUAUUGUAUUAUUAUUAUUCUUAGGAAUAGUUCAAUGUAACAAGAAGAAAACUUGACCUUUGCUCUGGUUAAAACAGUAAUAGGCACUUGAAAAAAAAAAGAUAAAUUAUUGAAUGAGUAGUAUUACCUACAGAUUCCAGAAUUUUCUGGGUUUUAGGACAUUGUGAAGCAUGACUGAUUAACAGAAUUUUAUACAACUGUACCAGUGAAAUUCCAAAUUGGAAUUGUUUUGUUACUCUGGUUGUUGUGCCAAAUUAUGGUACACUUAGAAAAUUCUACAGUUGUCGAUUUUUAGGGUGUUCUAUUUCAGCGCCAUUUUGUUAGUAAUCAUUGCCAGUAGUGCCUUCAUCAGUUAAGGGAGGUGUCCCAGCGUAGUUAAUUCUCUAAAACGGGCAGUUGGGAAUGCUGAAGGCCAGUGUGGACCAGCAGGUGGGAGCAGGUGCUCGCCUCACACCUGUGCCUGGGCAUCUUCAUUGAGGGAGAUAAAACAGUAAUUGUGCAAAAUUCUGUUAGUCAGUGAUUCUUUACUUGCAAAUUCAGGGGCUUAGAAAAUGAAAGCAAAUGCAAAACCUUGACUGUGUUUUGGGAACCAAAUGGACUUUAUGGGACAAGCUAAGCAAGUUGUGUGAACACCACGUUUGUGAAGAGCCAAGGGCAUCAGGAGAGCCGACACUUCGUCAGCACGCAGUGGGACAAGGGUUAGCCAUGGUAUUCUUUGCAAAUGUGAAAAUAAAACAUUAUAUCUUCUCUUGCUUGGUGUAACUAAUCACUGUUAAUUUCAGGAAACAGAACUCAUUAAAGCUCCUUAGCAAACCAGGUGUGUGCAUCCUGCUCUGUUUGCUGAGUGAGGUUCGUGGGAGUGAUCCAAUUGGUACUCAGAGAAGAAGAAAAACUGUCUUCUUCCAAAAAAAUACCCAAAUUAUAAUAAUACAAAUGGCAAGAAUAAAAGAAUUCUGUUUCCUGGAAUAAGCAUUUCUUAUUCCUAGUUGUAGGGACUCCUAUUUUUACCUUCUGUUACAGUGUUGAUUCAUAAAAAAUAUUAUUACAUUUGAGAUAACUUCAUCUGUAUGGGGUAUUUAUUUGCAAUGAUGUCUGAGUACUGUAUUUUUUUCUGUGCAUUACCUUAGUGUCAGAAUGUUGGUCUUUAUUUUAAAGUCAUAUGCAUGUUCUCCUGCCAAGGAACCUUUACACAGACCCAAAUAAGCAAAUAGUAAUAAGCAAAUGCCUUCAGUUUCUGAGAAAGUGAGGCAAAGCAUGGAAAGGAAUAGGAAGAAGAAGUUGAGACUCUCGGGAAAUAGACGUGUGACCUGAAUGUCUACAAAGCCAGAGUGCAUAGGAGCAGUGGGCCUGGGUAAAGAGUCAUGUUGGUAGGACCAAUAAAUAAAGAAUAAUAAAAAGACAAAGCACA